GUUUACUGUCAAACAAAACAGUGUUGUGUAUUUUGGUUGUAAUAGAAUCUUGUGUUGCUAUGGCAGCUGAGUCAGAGUAUUAGGAGAUAGCCCAGCCUGUGUGGUUGGCCGUUGGUUAGUUCUGUGUGUAGCAAUAAAUAGCUGCUCCAAGGUUUACAGCUUUCUGUGUCUCCAGUGAUUUCGUCCUAAAGCUGCUGCCCCCAAGGAUAUAACAAGCAGCACAUGGUGCCGUUUCCCCCCCACCUCAAGGGACACCAGCUGCUUCCUGGAGCAGAGCAGAGAGGAGAGGAGCAGGGCCAGGGGUCAGGGAAGGCAGGCAGAAAGUCUGCCCUGGCCAUGAUGUGCCACACUGUCACCCCGAAUCCACUCUAGCACCAUCAUCACGGUCAUGAAAAAAGUUCAUUCUGGUGGAAUACUGAUGGCUGGGAUCAUUGGAUACUUGCACAUACCACAUAUCAACAAGCCCUCAUGGCAGCCCAUAAGCUCGGUGUGGCCUGUGAAAAAACCCGAUGGGUCUUGGUGGAUGAUAGUAGACUCCUGGAGCGUGAACGAGAAGGUGCCCCCCAUCACAGCUACCGUUCCUGAUCUUGUGAUUUUAGUUGAGGCCAUCGGGCAGAACGAGGGGGAAUGCAUACCACAUAUCAACAAGCCCUCAUGGCAGCCCAUAAGACAAACUGACUUGAAUGAGACCUUCUCAGUGCUUCCACGAAUGUCAUAUCCUCAGCCAUUUGUGGACAAGCCUCAGAGAACUGAUGUCUUGCUGGUGUCCCCGUGGCUGGCUCCCAUCGUAUGGGAAGGCACCUUCAACAGAGACAUCCUGAAUGCCCAGUACAGACAAAAAAAUUUCGUUGUUGGGGUGGCCACAUUUGCAGUUAAAAAAUACGUCAGGUUCAUAGAAGGGUUUCUUGGCUCCGCCAACAAAUUCUUCCUCUCUGGCCACAGGGUCAACUUCUAUCUCUUCACUGACCACCCGGAGAAAGUCCCAUCCAUUAAUCUGGCCCCUGAGAAGCGUCUCUUCAUCAUCCCUGUCCAGAACUACUCACGGUGGCAAGACAUCUCCAUGAACCGCAUGGACAUCAUCAGCAACCACAUCCGCAGCCACUGGCGAUACGAAGUAGACUACCUUUACUCCAUGGACAUUGACGUCCAGAUGUUUGAGCACAUUGGGGUGGAGAUCAUCGAUACGCUUGUGGGGACCAUCAGCUCCUGGCAAUACACCAAGCCCCGGGAUAGCAACUCCUAUGAGAGGCGUCCGGAGUCACGAGCCGCCAUCCCCCUUGGGGAAGGAGAUUUCUACUAUGCAGCCAGCUUCUACGGAGGGAGUGUGUCUGAAGUCUACAAGUUGACCACAGCCUGCUUCAAAGGGGUCACAGAGGACAGAGCCAAUGGCAUCGAAGCCAAGUGGCACGAGGAAAGCCACCUGAAUAAAUACUUACUGUAUCACAAGCCCACACGCCUGCUGUCCCCGGAGUACUACUGGGAUGAGGAACUGAUCAUACCUCACAUCAUCAGGGUUAAGAGAUUGUCGUCAGUGCGCAAAAAUCUGCAAGAAGUCAGGUUCUGAAGGAAGGAAGAGAAAGAGAAAGGGAUGGAUGGAUGGAUGCUGUGACAGAUAUGGCAGUCUCUCCUGCAAUACUCUUGAAAAAAAACUCAUUGAAUUAAGUUUAAGUAUCUUUAAUGUAUGGCUCAAAUUUUUUGAAUAACAGGCUCAGUUUUAAUUACUUAAGCAAAGAUUACCAAUCAGAGAUUAGUGCAGCACUAUACAGAAUACAGAAAGAAAUAGAUACUAGGGCUGUCAAUUAAUCACAGUUAACUCUCACGAUUAACUCAAAAAAA